AAGUGGCACGCAGGAGGGAAGGCGUGUGCGCGUAGGGACGCUGCCUCCGCCGCGGGAGCACGAGCCGCGCCGUUGAGGCGCAAAAAAAAAAAAAAAAAAACCCAAAAAAAAAAAAAAAACCACCAACCGUGAGGGAAGGUCGCCGCUCCGUUCUUUUCGCCUUCUCACUAUAAGGCAGCCUUCGGCAGCGGCGGUGGCUCCCGGACCCGGAGGACUCUCCCGAGCCCGGGCUAUGACCUGCCUCCCAAGCUACCUGAGUGGCGGCAAUCCCGGGGCCACCCUCCGCGCCUUGCUCAAAUCUUUACCGCAGCAACCGCCGCCAAGGAGGCAGCUCGCCGUCCCGCGCGUCCGCUUGGCUGAGCCCGCGGCUUCUUUCGCCGCCGCCGCCGCCGCCACAGCUGGGCUCCCCCUGCGUUGUCUGGCACUGGCGGGAGAAGAGCCGUCGUCGUCGUCUUCCUCGUCGCCGCCGCCGCCGCCCUCCUUUCCCCUUCCCUCUCCUUCCCCUUCGCGGCGGCGCCUCGGCUGUGGCGGCGGCCGUUCCAGCUUGUCCUCCAAGGCCGGCAGCGGCUUCCGCCCAUCCCGGGUGGUGGUGGUGGCCAAGACGACCCGUUACGAGUUCGAGCAGCAGCGGUACCGCUAUGCGGGGCUCUCCGAGGAGGAUCUCAAGCAGCUGCUUGCAUUAAAAGGAUCUAAUUAUAGUGGUCUAUUAGAGCGGCAUCGGAUUCAUACCAAAAAUGUGGAACAUAUUGUAAAUAGUCUAAGAAAUGAGAAGAUUGAAGUUCAGCUUGUGAAACGGAGAGACUAUGACGAAGAGACUGUCCGGUGGGCAGAUGCUGUUAUAGCAGCAGGAGGUGAUGGAACAAUGCUUUUGGCGGCCAGUAAGGUGCUGGAUCAAUUAAAACCAGUUAUUGGAAUAAAUACAGAUCCAGAUAGAUCUGAGGGCCAUUUGUGUUUACCUGUACGAUAUACGCACUCAUUUCCAGAUGCUUUGCAGAAACUUUAUAGUGGUGAAUUCAGAUGGCAAUGGAGGCAACGAAUCCGGUUGUACCUUGAAGGAACUGGCAUUAACCCAGUCCCUGUAGAUUUACAUGAACAGCAACUGAGUCAAGAACAGCAUAGUAGGGCCCAUGUUAAUGGAAGAUUUCAGGAUCAAAGAUCUCAGAUUUCUGAACCACACCUCUUGCCUGUAAGAUCAUUAAAUGAAGUCUUUAUUGGAGAGUCUCUCUCAUCCAGGGUGAACUAUAAGUCCUGCAAACCCAGUUUUAAAUUCUCCCUUCAUAGGGCUUCUUAUUAUGAAAUAUCAGUUGAUGAUGGUCCAUGGGAGAAACAAAAGAGCUCAGGUCUCAAUAUAUGCACUGGAACUGGAUCAAAAGCUUGGUCUUUUAAUAUCAACAAAAUAGCAAAUCAGGCUGUGGAAGAAAUUCUUAAGAUUGCUAAAAGUUAUGAGAAUUUAAAGCUUCCAUUGAACAAGGAACUAAUACAGAAAGUAACAAAUGGAUAUAAUGAAUCACUGCUCUAUAGUCCAGAGGAACCCAGGUUGUUUUUUAGUAUACGAGAACCCAUUUCAAACCGUGUUUUUUCAAGUAGUCGGCAACGAGGCUUUGCUUCAAAAGUUUGCAUUCGCUCUCGUUGUUGGGAUGCCUGUAUGGUAGUAGAUGGAGGAACUUCAUUUGAAUUUAAUGAUGGAGCAAUAGCAUCAAUAUUAAUCAAUACAGAAGAUGCCCUGCGUACUGUUUUGUUAGAAGACUGAAGAUGCCAUUGAGAGUAUUCAAAAUUCUUCACAAAGAAAUGAGAUGGCAUCAAUUCAAAUGUGAAAUAGCUCUUUACAGAUAUUUGGGAAACAAAGAUUGAAAUGACUUCUUUUUUUGCUUCUGAAUGAGAAACUCCUGGAAAAAUCAGUGUUUUGCCAUUUAUUGCAUCUUGUAAUAUGAAAUAUAAUUGGUUUGUAUCUCAGACCAACAAAAUUAUUGGCCCUUAAAAGCUUGAUUCCACAGAAUGCUUUUUAAAUGAAGGUGGAGUCAAAUACAAUUGGUAUUAAUAUUAAAUUGUAAACUUCAAUGGAGGUAGUAUACUACUGAUUCAGCAAAAUACCUUGGAACUCUUUCAGUUUUUAAAGCAAAUAAUAUAAAAGUUAAUAUAAAAAUGUUUGAUCAUACUUCAGUGUGAUAUCCAAGAAUUUUUAAUCAUACUUUUGUAUUCAGAAAGAACUUCAAUUUUUUUAAUCCUGCAUGUUUGAAGUAGGAUUCGUUACUGUUCUUCUAUUACAGUCUAAUAUUCAUACUUCUAUCCACAAACCAUGUUUCUAUUUACCAUUGCCUUUCUUGUAUCGUACCAAACUGGUUAUUGAAUUCCCAGUAUUCCCCCAUCCUAUACGAGCACCAAGCAUGUAGACUUAAAUAUAAUUAACUGGCCUGCUUGUGCUUUGGAUAGGCCUAUCACAAGCAGAAAUAAUGAUGCAGCUGAGGGUUGGCUAGCUUAAUUGUUUGUUCUACUCCCAAGGACAGGUGCUCCACUAAGUAGGUCCUAAGAUAGCAAAAUAUACAAUAUCAUUCCUUAAAAAGUUAACUGUGUAUUUGUGUUAGGAGUAUAAUAAUCUUUACCUAUCAAGUGCAGAAAUAUUCAUGCAUUUUGAAAACUACUUUGCAGUCUCUAAAGCAUAUGUAUGAACAGUUCCAAGAUAAUGGGAACAUUUUGUUCACAAUAGUGUAUGAAACCCAAUAUUAUACAAACAAGUCCAACAGUGUUUUUCCACUCAGGGAUAGAAUCUUCUCCUUUGCAUUCCUCCCAAAUCAUUUCUAAAAGUUUCCCCUAGUCCCCAAGAACUUUGUGCCUGGGAGGUGCAGAAUGGAGAGAUUUAUUUGACUCUUUCCUAGUUCUAUCCAUAGAAACUGUUUUUCAUACAGAAUUGAACUCCCCUCUUCACAUUUUACUUGACAAGUUACAGAAGUGUGUGACCACUGCCAGCCUCUUUUCCUUUGUUUAUUUCAGGUAGCUGUUGUAUGCAAAAGUCUUUACAAAGAUAGUAUUCAGCUGUAUAUUAGUUUACAUUACUUAUACCAGGAUACUUUGCAGAUUGGCUGCCACUAAAAAGAAUCAUUCUUGCUGGUUUUAAUGACAUUUUGAAAAUGUUACAGGAUGCAUUAGCUGCUUAUAUUUGAAAUAAUGAUAAUUAACCUGCAAUGUGAGAGAAAUAAAUGAUGAAUCCCUUUUCUAAUUACAAAGUAUUGUAAAUUAUAUCUCCAGGGCUUAACAUGAAGAGUUAAGAAAAUUGAAAAUCAGUUUUACAAAGGUUGUGUUGAAUUUGCAAUAUCAAAGAUCAUAAACCCUUUAAAAGACAAAAGUAACAGUGGGGGGGGGACACUGAAAUAUAUAUGUCAGGCUUUUAUCAUGGAAAGCUUCUAAGUCUUUCAGUGAAAAUGUGAGAUUAUCUGUUUACAUGACUGUGACUUUAGCUAUUGGGAAGCUGAAAUGGACUAUUUCAAGUAAAUAUCUUUAAAACACGAGCGAAAUAAAACCAAGAUGGAUAUGCUCUGUAAUUGAAAUUAAGGAAGAUGUAAAAUGGGUUCUAUGUACUCAGUGUUUGUUUUGUGAUCUUCAGGUUCUAAAGUUGGCAUUGUUAAUUUGGGAGUAAUUUAACAUGAAUAUGUUUUUCUUCCCCAGCAUGCUGAACUAUCUGUGUCUAACUCUUGGUUGUCUCUGGUGGGUUUCCACAGCAGAAGUAUAUGGAAUGUUGAGGCCAUACCAACAUCUGCCUUGGAUUGUGACUGUUCACAAAAUGCUGCCUUGAUAACCUUAACCAAUCAUUUACAAGAAGGCAAACUGACCCAAGUUUCUUGUGGAGGUGUAUAGACAUUUCUAAGGAAACACUUGGCUGCAAUUGCACACUUUCCAGAUUGCUUAUGUGACUCUGUGCUAAGAGUAUGUAAAGAUGAUAGUCAAGGUUGACUCUUUGCUUUGCAACUUUUCUUGGUGUCUCUUUUAUUAAAAACAAAAAAUUAAACCAGCCGGAAUUGAGUGCUAAGGGAGAGGCCCACGGCAGAAUCUUGAUAGGACUUAAUAUCUAAAUGGUACUGUGUUCUCAUCGCAAGUGGAUCAUCAUGUUGAAAAUUUAUGUCCCAUUUUCUUAAAUUAUGCGUGAUGAAAGGUUAAGAAUAGUACUGUUGUCCAUUAAAUAAAAAGACAAUAAAAGAUCCAAGGAGCUGUCCUUUGAAAUGAUGUGAUCUAAAAUUUGGGUUUUACUUGCUAUUUUGUAUAGCAGUGUUCUUAGAUGCCUUUUUAAAGAAAAAGCAGAGGAUAUCAGUGGGCUUUUGGAGUCCUGCCAAAAAUUAAAAAAUCGUGUUCUUUGGGAAUAAGCAAACAUCCUUCCUUAUCAUCUGGCUCAUGCCAUCUGGGCCAGGAACUGACAUUUUGGGGAAUACAAAAUCUACAAAUGUCAAACCUGUCUGAUAUCACAUCAGUGUCUAUUCCACAAGGGUGCUCUCGGGUUCAUUUUAUCUGUCCCCCUACUGGCCAGUCAAGCAGCAGUGGGAAGGGCUUGUGAACUGUAGGCAAUUAGCAUUUAGACUCUAGUAGAUUUUGAAAGGGUCAACUUUUAUUUUCAGUCACAUUUUGAGAGGAUAAAAAAUGUUUCUGUGUUUGCACAGUAUGCCUUACCAAGGAAAGGUGCUUGUGGGCUACAGAAAACUCUCUCGUAAUCUUCAACUUGCUGACAUUUUGGAUCUUCCUAAUGAUGCAAUUAAACGUGCUAAAUGCAUUUUUUUUUAAAUGAGCAUCAAAGAAACAAUUGAGAGACAAACUAUAGAUUUUCUGGCCAUGAUAAUUAACAGUAAUGAAAAUAGGGUGGAAACAAGACAGUCUUUAAAAAGAUUUAUCUUAAGAACAUGCCUUUAAGCCAAAAUUUCUUUUAAAAAGCAAACAUUGCUGUGUCAAAAAUAGUUGAAUGUGCACAAAUUAAACUCAAUACAACUAUGCCUUUUUUCAAAAUUGUUUUAUUUAAAAUAAUGUAUGCUGUGGUUAGUAAAUUAAUAAAUGAAUUUUUCUUGCUUUUUUAA